AUGGCAUCUCUCCACCGCCCCCGUUCAACCUCCUGCCACCACGAGCCUCUGCUUCAUGACUUUCAGGGGCAGGAAAUUGAUCAUGAGAGGCAGGAUGAGGAAAUCUCUUCAGCAAAGAAUGACAAGAAACCAGAAGAUGGCCUGGAGGAACAAGACAAUCAUAUUUAUCCAAGAUGGCUCGCCAGUCAUAGUCGUGAAGGCCGUUAUGAGAAGAUCACACCAGAAGAGCAGGAUCAUCACACAUCCUCCUUUUGUUCUGCAGAAACUAAAAGCAUCUUACCCUGUUAUCUUGACUCGCUGCGCUUACCGGAGGUUAAACGUCAUCACUCUCGUAGUGGACGAGAAGCCUUCGUGAUGGCUGUGCUAUCCGCCGCGUCACUCUUCCUCAUCCUGCGAAUUCUACUUGUCACUCUCUGGCCUGCGUCUCUCGUUGAUGCCGUGCCUAAACCUCAAGGCGAUGUCCCUACCGCUGCUGCAGAUGGCUACUGGCUCGCUAACAUCCCUCGGAAUGGCAAAGUUGCCUACGGUGACUCCUCAUACAAGAUCUUCCGUAACGUAAAAGAGUAUGGAGCAAAGGGUGACGGCUCAACCGAUGACACCGUUGCCAUCAACCGGGCCAUCUCUGAGGGGGCACGAUGUGGCGAAGGCUGUGAUUCCUCCACCGUCAAACCUGCCAUUGUCUAUUUUCCAUCUGGUACAUACAUGGUCAGCGCGCCAAUCAUUCAAUACUACUAUACCCAGUUCAUCGGUGACCCUCACAAUCUCCCAGUCAUCAAGGCAACUGCAAAUUUUGUGGGCAUUGCAGUGCUUGACACCGAUCCAUAUAUUCCAGGAGGGAAUGGCAGGCAGUGGUAUACCAAUCAGAACAACUUCUUCCGUCAGAUCCGCAACUUUGUUGUCGACAUCACUAACCAGCCGCUGGGGCUGGGUGCUGGAAUCCAUUGGCAGGUUGCACAAGCCACCAGUCUUCAGAACAUCCGCUUUGAGAUGCGAAAAGGUGGUGGUUCCGAGAACAAGCAGCAAGGUAUCUUCAUGGACAAUGGUAGUGGUGGAUUUAUGUCAGAUCUUGUCUUCAAUGGCGGACUCUUUGGUGCUUUCUUGGGCAAUCAGCAGUUCACUACGCGGAACCUUACCUUCAACGACUGCCAAACUGCCAUUUUCAUGAACUGGAACUGGUUGUGGACAUUCAAAUCGGUCAACAUCAACAACUGUGGAAUAGGUCUCGAUAUGGCCAACCGCCCUGACGGCAACAACCAGAGCGUGGGCUCUGUGCUGCUACUGGACAGCAAGUUCACCGCCACACCGACAGCGAUCAAGACCGCCUUCUCUGAGAACAGUAUUCCCAAUACUGGUGGCACCCUAGUUCUUGAAAAUGUUGAUUUCACCGGUGCUCAGGUCGCUGUUGCUGGGCUUACUGGAAACACUGUUCUUGCUGGUGGUGCUGUGGUGGACUCUUGGGCACAAGGCAGUAUAUACCGUCCAUCAGCAGGGACUCAACGUAUGGCUAAACGUCUGCCACAAGCACCAGCUGCUUCCGAAGCCUGUUCUGCCUCUGCAGCACCACUCGUCAGUUCCGCAACGGCUGUCACUCCCCUCUCUUCUGGAGGCAUCACAGCAGGGGGCGCAAGCACCCCCUCGGCCGGCUCGGCUUCUACCUUUUCUUCCGUGGUCAGCCCCAUAGCAGUUUCGCCCUUGCCAUCUUCCGGUAGCGUCUUAUCUGCUCCAAUCUCGCCCAUUCCAUUCGCCAAUGGUACUCAAUCCAAUGUCACUGCACAGGCAUGUUCGGAGCCUCCUUCACCCAAAGCUCGAAUCCGUGGUCAACAAGGUUUGACUGCUCCGACCAAGGCGACCUCACUGCUCGACAACGGCAAGGUCUUUGAGCGGUCCAAGCCUCAAUAUGAGAAUGUCCCUAUUUCGUCCUUUGUCAGUGUCAAGUCGAAGGGUGCCAAGGGUGAUGGUGUAACAGAUGAUACGGCUGCUAUCCAAAACAUCCUUAAUAGUGCGACCACUGACCAAAUCGUCUACUUCGACCACGGCGCUUAUGUCAUCACCGACACUGUCAACGUUCCCAAAAACAUCAAGAUCACUGGAGAGAUUUGGCCUCUCAUCAUGGCCUCAGGCCCAGCAUUCUCUGAUCAGAAUAACCCUAGGCCCGUCUUCCGUGUUGGUGCUCCUGGUGAUCGUGGUGCAGUUGAAAUGACAGAUCUCAUGUUCCAGACCCUGGGCCCUGCUCCUGGUGCUAUUAUGAUGGAGUGGAACGUCGCAGAUUCUUCUCAAGGCUCAUGUGCUCUCUGGGAUGUUCACUUCCGCAUUGGUGGUACCGCUGGCACUCGGCUCCAGAUCGAUCGUUGUCAGAAGAACGAGAACGUCACCACAACAUUUAAGCCCGAGUGCGCCGGGGCUUUCAUGCUGAUGCACAUUACUCAACAGGCUACGGCGUAUCUGGAAAACACCUGGUUUUGGGUGGCUGAUCAUGAGCUCGACCUGUCGUCUUGGCCGGGUUAUGCAAUCAACAACCAGAUUAACGUCUAUAAUGGUCGUGGCAUACUUGUCGAGAGCAAAGGUCCAGUCUGGAUGUACGGUACUAGCUCUGAACAUUCUCAGCUGUACAAUUAUCAAAUUGCCAACGCCCAGGACAUUUGGAUGGGUUCCAUUCAGACCGAGACCGCCUACAUGCAAGCAAACCCCAAUGCGCUCAACGGUGGCUUCCCCCCCAACGAAGCCUACUCCGAUCCUGACUUCGCCACUUGCACAACAGACAGCUGCAGAAAGACCUGGGGCCUUCGUGUUCUCGAUUCGAACGAUGUCUACAUGUACGGAGGCGGCUUGUACAGUUUCUUCGAGAAUUACAAUCAGGUAUGCCUUGACACCGAGUCGUGUCAAGAAAAUAUGGUCGACAUUCAGUGCUCCGACGAUGUGUGGCUCUUCGGGCUCAGCACCAAGGCGAGUGUCAACAUGGUAACUGUCAACGGUCAGAGCCAAGCUAUUGGUUUGGAGAAUGACAAUGUCUUCUGCCAGACUGUGGCAUUGUUUCAGGAGCCAUAG